UUCAAUUACUUACAGCUGAAGCAAAAUUCUACUGUUACUUCUCACAAAACCAUUACAGAUUUGCUUUGUGAUAACCGGGAAAAGAAACCUUUGGGAAUUCAUGAGGAUAUUAAUAGGAAUACCUAUGUAGAAGAUCUGAUUGAAGAGGUGGUGGUUGCCCCAGAAGAAGUUAUGGAAUGGAUCAGAAAAGGAGAAAAAAAUCGCCAUUAUGGAGAAACCAGAAUGAAUGAACACAGCAGUUGUUCUCACACUAUCUUCAGAAUGAUCACUGAAAGCAGAGAACGAAGUGACCCUACAAAUGCAAACUGUGAUGGAGCAGUGAUGGUAUCCCACUUGAACUCGGUAGAUCUGGCAGGCAGUGAAAGAGCUAGUCAAACAGGAUCUGAAGGUGUCCGACUGAAGGAAGGCUGCAGUAUAAACCGGAGCUUGUUCAUUCUGGGUCAAGUUAUCAAAAAACUUUGUGAUGACCCUUCUGGCUUCAUAAAUUACAGAGGUAGCAAGUUGACUCGAAUUCUGCAGAAUUCCCUUGGAGGAAAUGCUAAGACAGUUAUUAUUUGUACAAUUACUCCUAUUUCUUUUGAUGAAAGGCUCAGGACUCUUCAGUUUGCCAAUACAGCCAAAAGAAUGAAGAAUACUCCGAAAGUCAGUGAAGUACUUGACGAUGAUGCCCUUCUGAAGAGAUAUUGCAAAGAAGUUCUGGAUUUAAAAAAGCAGUUGGAGGAAGUGUCUUCAAAGACUCAAAUUCACGCAAUGGAAAAAGACCAAUUGGCCCAGCUGUUGGAAGAAAAAAAUUCUCUUCAAAAAGUACAGGAAGAUAAGAUAUGAAACUUAACUGAGAUGCUGGUGACUUCUGCCUCCUUUUCUUCAAAACAGAAUGCUGAAGCCAAGAGAAGAAGAAGAGUUACUUGGGCUCCUGGUAAAAUAAACCAGGCGAAUGUGAGCUAUUUUGAAGACUUUGAAAAAACAAGGGUGACAGAAACAAAAAAAAUGAAACUGUCGGCACUACAAGAUGUGGAGGAUUCUAUGUUAGAGAGUUCUGAAUAUGAAAACCAAUAUCUGCUGGUUCCUGACCAAAUUUCGGAUGUAGAAUGGACUGCUGGACCGAACGUGAAUUGGAGUCAGAGAGACUUUGAAGAAUCUGUGCAACUCUGUGAAGCAUUAGCACCAGAAAAGGAUAUGGCUGUAAGUGAGGUCAACGUCCUGCAAGCUAACUUAAAUAGCCUAGCGUUGGAAAAUGAGCAGCUGAAAUUUGAAAUAAAUGAAAUAAAGGAGAAAUUGAAGGAAAAAAUAGAAAUGGAUGAAUUUGAAGCGCUGGAAAAACAAACACAAAAAGAUCAUGAGGUACAACUAAUGGGUGAAAUUACCAACUUAAAGAGUCUAGUUUCAAAUGCUGAAGUGUACAAUGAGGAACUUGAGGCAGAAAUGAACUCCAAACUGGAACAGCUGAAAGAGAAAGAGAACAAAAUAAAGCUAUUACAGAAUCAUGUGGAAGAAUUGCAGAAAGUGGGAGCGGAAAAAAAGGACACACCUUCAGUGGUUGAUUCUGAUAAGCUAAUUGAAGAAAUUCAGCAGCUGAAGAAAUCCCUCUUAGACAGUGAAACCCUAGUCUUGGAUGCCAAAAAGGAAUCUGCUUUUCUCAGAGCUGAAAAUUUGGAGCUGAAGAAGAUGAAUGAACUCUUAAAUAAGUACAAGCAAAUGCAAAAGGAUGUUCAAUUCUAUCAAAGCCAAGUAGAAACAGGAAAAGCCAGUUACAAAAAAGUGCAAGCUGACUUGCAGAAAGAGUUGCAGUCUGUAUUUCAAGAAAACACAAGGCUAACUUCACUGAUGGAGGGUGAAGUUCCAAAAGAUCUGCUCUCUCUUACGGAGCUGGAAAGAAAGGCAGCUGACUUAAAAGGGGAACUAGACGAAGCACUGAAAGAGAAUACACUUCUGCAAAAACAAGUAAAGGAGCUCUCAGCAUUUCAGUCUCUACCAAAUACUGUUGAGAUACAGCAGAAAGAGAUUCUUGGAAAAUGUGAGGAGCUACACUUAUUAAAAUUGGAAAGAGAAAAGCUGCUUUCUGAAGUAGCUGCUAAUGAAAUAAGACUUAAACAUAUGACUGAAGAAAUUGAAAAAUCAAAAGACAAUCUAGCAGAUGCAGAGCUUAAGUACAUAAAGUCUGAUCAGGAAUGUGUAGCACUUAAACAGCUCCAUGAAGAACUAGAGCAAAAAUAUGUAGCUGCAUCAGAAAACAAUGAACAAAUGAAGCCCCAAAUAAAUGCUCUAUCAAAAGAAGCACAAGACUCAACAAGUUUGGAGGAAGUGAAAUUAGAGCUCUCUAGCAAAAUGAAAGAACUGGAAGGAAAGACAGCAGAGUAUGAACAGCUUCUUGAGAUAAGAGAAGAUUUUAUUCGGACUCAGGAGAAGUUAAAUGAAAUGGAGCAACUAAAAGAGCAAGAAAAGGUUAUGGAGUUGAGACUGGAGGCCAAGGAUUCAGAGAUCCAGGCAGUUCUUCAGCAGCUUACUGAGUGUCGGGAAGAACUAAAAACUCUAAGCCAGGAAAGAGAUUGCUUGAGGCAAAAAGAGGAGUCUCUCCAAGCUGAGGCAGACCAACUCAAAGAGGAUACAAAGGACACUGUUUCAAUGAACAUUUUGACACAGGAAGAAAUGAGAAAUACACAGAGUUCUCUCAAGCAAUCCCAGGACACUGUCAAGAAGCUGGAAAAAAAUAUUUCUGAAAAAGCAUCUCCGAUUCUGAGUGUUGGGAAACUAGGGAAAACCAUUAAAGAACUUGAAAUGCAGAUAUCGCAAAUGACAGAAGAAAUAAAAAUCAUCACAUCAGAGAGAGACCAGCUCGCUGAGGAAAAGUCAGAAAAUAACUGUAGAGAAAGUGAUCAGCUUCAGGUGCAAAAGGAACAAAUCUUUUUCCUUAGGCAAGAGAACAAGUCAUGGCAGGACAAGCUGAACAGUUUACAUUUGGAAAAAGAAGAGCAUGGGGAAGGAACUUUGAUCCCUCAGAUUCAAGAAGAAUCUACUGAGCAAGAACUAUUUCUUCUGAGAGAAGAGCUGAGCCAGGCAAAAAGGAAAUGGCAUGAAAUGGAGGCAGUAAAGACCAAUGAAUGUCAAAGAGAAUCUGAAAAACUGGAGAGAAGCAAUUUUAUUCCAAAAUUGCCUGAAUGUUGGGAAGCAAGCACUCUGACAGAAAGUGGAGAUGGUAAUCUUACAAUACAACUAGAGAACCUCCAAAAUGAGAGAGAGCAGUUAAGAGAAACCAUACAGGAGACAAUUAGCAAGAAUUCCGAGAUGCAGGAGGAGUUGAAAUGUGCUCAUUGCUCUCUCAGACAACAUCAGGAGACUAUUGUGGAGCUGAAAGAAAGUAUUUCAGAGAAAGAAUAUCAACUCUUAGAAGCGCAAGAGGCAUUCAAGGAAACAACUGACGAACUGCAGCAGAAGCUCACUGAAGUCACUGAAAACCUGACUCAUGUCUCUUCUGAAUAUGACAAGCUACUGUCAGAAAAAGAAGAAAUUGAAAAAACAAUGAAUGACCACAUCUGUCAGCAACUUGACAAAAUAGCUUUACUUAAUGAGGAGAAAGAUGAGCUACAGCAAAUGGUAGAGACUUGUAAAGCAGAAAGAGAUCAGUUAGAGGCUGACUGUCUGGAAAGCAAGGAGAGAUCCUUAAAAGUUCUGACAGAAAUGGAAAACCUACAGGAAGAACUAAGGCAUCAGAAAGAGCAAGCUGAUAUCCAGAAGAACAUGUUAACAGAUGGAGAAGAGAAAUGGCAAAACACUGAAGAAAAACUAAAUGAAGAAAUAAACAAACAAAAGAAAAGGCAAGUAGUCAAGUUGAAUGAGGACUUAAAUUUGGUAACUAAGGAAAGGCACCAGCUGCUGGGAGAACUGAAAGAAAAAACUGAGAGUGAAAGCAGUAAACUUCAACAGUGGGAGGAGCAGUGCGACUUGUUAGCACAGGAGAGAGAUCAGCUCCAGGAGAUGCUGGGGUAUUCAGAGAAGAGCAAACUGGAGAUGAACCUGCAGGAGAGUGUUGAUAAGAUUCUCGAAACUGAGAAGGAAUUGAAGUGUCAACAAGAACUUCUGAGCAAUGAGAAGAUCAAGGCUGAAGAAAGGGAAGAACUUUUGGUAAAGGUUCAGAGGCGGUCAGGGAUUCUGGAGGACAGCCUAACAAACAAGGUAAGGUGUUCUGUUUUUAGUGUAGCUAUUCUGUCUUUUGCUGUUUUAUCACUGAUGUGCUAAACUUUUGCUCAAGAUAAAUCUCAUCUAAUUUUUAGUUCUGGCAUCCCAUUUCCUAAGAUGUAAACAGAGUGAGGCUUCUGUCAAGGAUCCUUCAGAUGUUAGUGUGAUUUCCCUAAGGGUAGCAGUACCUGAAAGAAACAAAGAAAGAAACAAACAAAAGUGAAUUAAUUAGGUGUAAAUUAGUGCAAUGUAGCACUCUGUGUUGUAGACCUGCUGGGCAAUGUCAAUUCAAUCAGUAUUUGCAAUGUAAGCCAUCCUCAAGUAGCCCUUCCAAAGCAGUUCUCAUGAAGGCUGCUCUUGUAAAAGUCUCCUUUUGUGUCCCCAGGAGGCAUGGGCACUGCUGAUUUCCCUCUCCAGAGAGUGGCAGAGGCUGGAUCCCCUUCUCAGGACAGACUCCUUGCCAGGAACACACAGGCAUGGGGGUAGCUCAACUGGCUUUUACUGGCAGCUCACUCAGCUCCUCUUUUGGUGUACUUGGUGUUUUUCUGUGACUACUCUUAAAAACACUGAAGAAUCAGAAAAAAAAAAAUGAAUAAAAGUUAAUCAUCAAGGCAGGGAGGUUGGAACCAGAUGAUCUGCAAAGGUCCCUUCCAAUCCAAACCAUUCUGUGAUCCUGUGAUUUUAUGAGAAGCACCAACCUGAACUGCUGCCUGUCCCAUAGAGGAGCUCCAUAUAUGUGAGCCACAUUAAACAGGCCAUGCCUCACUCCCCAUCUUCCCUGGCAGUCACAGAAUCAUAGAAUCAUUUAGGUUGGAAAACACCCUUAAAGUCAUUGAAUACAGCCAUUAAACUAACACUGUCAGGCUCACCACUAAACCAGAUCCCUCUGUGCUACAUCUACAUGUCUUUUAAAUAGCUCCAGGGAUGGUGACUCAACCACUUUCCUGGGCAGCCUUUUCCAACGCUUGACAACCCUUGCAGUGAAGAAAUGUUUCCUCAUAUCCAAUCUAAACCUCCCCUGGCGCAACAUGAGGCCAUUUCCUCCUGUCCUUUCACUUGUUACAUGGGAAAAGAGACUGACCCAGACUUCACUACAACCCCCUGAAAUGUAGCUGUACAGACCAAGAAGGACUCUCCUGAGCCUCCUUUUCUCCCGACUAAACACCCCAGUUCUCACAGCUGCUCCUGACAAGACUUGUGCUCUAGACCCUUCACCAGCUUCAUUGUGCUUCUUUGGUCACACUGCAGCACCUCAAUGUCUUUCUUUUAAUGAGGGGCCCAAAACUGAUCCCACACCGACUGUCUCACACCGACACUGCUCGGUCUCCCACUGGAACCACAUACAGACGUCUAAUUCCUCCUU